GGAGCAUAUUUCAGGAUAUAUUUCCAUGUAUAAGCGGCCCGAGGCAUUAACCUUUCGUGUCCUGCGCCGCUCUCGUGAUUUUCCCGCCCUCUUACCCCUUUGUAUGUUGCUGGAUCGAUACUGCAUCUACGAUCGCGUGCAUCGCGUACAUUAUUUAUUUGCCAGCACUUUUUACGAUGUACGACGUACGUGCAUCGCUGGUUCAUACAAUACCGACAACGUCUUCCCUCCUGCACCAUGCAUUACCUCAUCGGCUUUGACCUGCUCUCUCUGGACACAAACUGAUAUGCCGCGAUCAUUCCUCUUACCCCGUCUGCUGGUUGCCCCCUUCGGUGGCAAGGAAUGACUCUUGCGUGCCCGCGGACGCCUAUAUAAUUAGCUCUUAUAUUCUUUGAGCACUAGGCGCUGAAG